GGUUGUGUUACAUUGCUCUCCUCCCCGAAGCAUGUGACCAUGUGAUCAGAGUCACUGCAGCCAGACAGAGCGAGGAAUCUUGUGACCAAAACAUCAGGAGAAGCAGCUCGGCGCCCUGCGAGAUAAAAAGUGUACCCAGACUCAGUCCUCCUUCACUCCCUGCUCCUCAGUCACACAACAUGGACUGCGGGAUCUUCACCUCCAAGACCGUCCUGCUCUUCCUCAGCCUGGUUUUCUGGGCUGCAGGAGCGGUGUUGGCCUAUGUCGGGGCCUAUGUGAUCAAGAGCUACGGCAACUUUGACAGUUUCAUCCAGGACAAGUACACACUGGUCCCAGCUGCUAUUAUCAUCGGCGUCAGCGUGGUGAUGUUUAUUUUUGGCCUGGUUGGAUGCUGCGCUACAAUCCGGGAGUCCAAAGUCGGACUCAGCUUUUUCUUUCUCAUCAUAAUGGCGAUCUUUGCCGCUGAAGUGGCUGCUUUGGUGUUUAGCUUCAUCUACAAAGGCAAGAUAAACGCAGACCUGGAGCGCUCUAUGAGUGAAGUCUUUGUGAAUUAUGAUGGACAGACUACUGAGACCAAAGCUGUGGACUACCUGCAGACUCAGUUGCAGUGCUGUGGUGUCAUGAAUUACACCCACUGGUCCAACACCACCUGGUUUAACAGCCACAACAACACAGUGCCUCUGUCCUGCUGUAAAAACAGAACAUCACAGUGCACAGGCAGAGUGGACCAACCAGACCUGCUUAACACACAGGGCUGUGAGGUGAAGCUGGAUCAGCUCCUGCAGGAUGUCUUGAGUUACGCCAUGCUUGUCAUUCUGGGCUUCGCCAUAAUCAAGUUCUUUGGCAUGCUCAGCGUGUGUGUGAUCACCUGUAAAACUGGCAGCCGGAGGAAUGGCUACCAGCCGCUCUAUGCCUGAACCACUUCCUGAAAUCACCAACCACCUCUUCAUUUUACUAGACUAGGUUUGCUGACCACUCAGUCAGCAGUGCAUGUACACAUCCAGGCAAAUAACUGUAUACAUUUUACGUCGUAAUAAUGGCAUAUGAAAAAUACAUAAGUGGCAGACCUUUCCUCAAUAUGAAGGGGAUCCCUCAAGAGUAUUUUAUCCUUCUAUUGGAUAUUUUAAAUCAUUUUGCUUAAAGUGGCCUUUAAGUUCUACACUUGUCUCUGUUUUGAUGAUGAAGGCAUCUUCAUGGUUGAGCAGCCCAAGGUGUUUAUAGUGUCUCAGCCAAACUACUGUAUUACUCUUUGAAAUGAUGGUGACUAAAGGCUUUAAACUAUAUUUUACCCUUUUUGUGAUUGUGAAAGGACAGCGGUUUAAUGCCUUAUUUAGGGAUGCAAUAUGUAUAGCCAACUGAAAACAGUAUAUAUAUAUUUAAAUGUAAAGGUCAGUUAACAGUUUUGGAUUAUGUGACAGUUCUACAAAACAUGACGUUGGUUGUGUUUAUUAUAUUUCUAAAUUAAAAAGGUUAAAAAUGUCACAGUCA